AUGUCUGCUCUGUCGAACUUGUAUCUGGAAUCUUCUCAACUAUCAGGACAGUUGCCAUCCGAGAUUGGAAAUUUGCAGUUGAUGACGCACUUAUCUUUGUUUGGUGCCAACAGCCUAGCCGGAACCCUCCCCACAGAGAUUGGGACAUGUACAUCAUUGAAUGUUUUGACGAUUAGUUACACCUCGUUACGAGGGUCCAUCCCAACUGAGAUUUCUCGGCUGUCCACAACUCUAUCGGAUCUUGAUUUGAGUUACAACAAUCUACAACUGCUGCCAUCAGAACUUGGUUUACUUACUGGUUUGGGAUCAUUAUAUCUUCAAGUCAAUCCUGAGCUUGCGGGGACCUUGCCAACAGAACUUGGCCGACUUACCGCACUCCAAUUCUUUGAUAUCAGCGGGUGUGCCCUCUAUGGUAGUCUUCCGUCAGAAUUCUGUGCCUUGGUACCGCAGUUGACCUUGUUCGAGCAUGACCUUGGGGCGUGCCCAUGA